AUGACAUCUGAAAUUCCACAACCGCCUGGCAUUCCCUUCUUGGGAAACAUUCUGGACGUCAACCCCAGGGAGACUUGGUGCUCUCUGAUCAAUCUCUCGGAAAAAUACGGCCCAAUCUUCAAAAUAAACGUACUGGGUAAACAACUCGUCUUCAUCAGUAAUGUCGCCCUGCUGGAAGAGAUCUGCGACGAGAAACGAUUCCGAAAAUGCGUCACCGGUCCAGUCGUAGAAAUGCGACGGCUUGCACGCAACUGCCUCUUCACUGCUUACGAGGAUGAAUCCAUUUGGGGUAUUACCCACCGUAUCAUGGCCCCAUACGUCACCGGAGCAGCAACAGAUAAAUGCUUCAGCGACAUGGCAAAUGUGAUCCCGGAUUUGACUCAGAAAUGGACAUUGGGAAACAAAAAACAAGUAAUCCUCACAAGUGAUCUCGACCGUCUUCUCAUGACAUCCUGCAUGCAAUGCUUCUUCAACCAGCGAAUCGAUAUCCUUGAAGGACCUGAGCACCCUCUCAUCCAUGCCUGGGAAUCUAUUACAUGGGAAGCUAUGAAGCGGCCCACCCGACCAAAGAUACUGAACUGGAUGUAUCAGGGCGAUUUCCUGAAUAACAUCAAGUACAUGCGUGAUUACGCGACCGAGAUCGUCAAGAGCCGGAAGGAGAAUCCCGCCCAGGCUCGUAAUGACCUUCUUAACGGACUGCUACAUGAUGCGGAUCCGCAAACCGGGGAAAAACUCGCCGAUUCUCAAGUCAUCGAUGAAGUGGUGACUAUCUUCAUCGGCGCCGCGACCUCGCCAAAUCUUGUCGCCUUCGCCUUGUACUACCUGGUCAAGAACCCCGAGACGGUCGUCAAAGCGAGAGCGGAGAUUGACUUAAUUGUCGGACCUAAUGAACAGAUCCAGCUGGAAGACAUCAAGAAGUUGGAAUACUGCGAGGCCAUCAUCCGUGAAUCCCUUCGCCUAUCUGCCACUGCACCGGGAUUCAACAUCGAGCCAAUCCCGACAGAUGAUAAGAGCCCUGUCUUACUUGCUGAAGGAAAAUACCAGAUCCCGUAUAACCAAACCAUGAUCUCGAUUCUGCACACCGUGAACCGCGAUCCCGAGGUCUUUGAAGACCCGGAGGCUUUCAUCCCGGAGCGAGUUCUCGGCGACAAAUGGGAUAAUCUUCCCAAAGGUGCCAAGAGAAACUUUGGCAAUGGCAAACGUCAGUGCUAUGGUAUGAUGUGGGCGUGGCGUUGGUCUAUCUUUACCCUUGCUAGCAUUCUCAAGGAAGUUGACUUGGAGUUUGCGAAUCCGGAUUACGAGCUCACCUUUAAUGGAGCUUUCAGUGUGAAGCCUUUGGAGUUUAAUGGUCUAGUCAGUCCCCGCAGGAGAUGA